AUGGCUACCACCGCAACAACCACCCAGAAUCGUCUUUCUAACAGUCGCGGCCGCGCAGGGGCUGGAGGCGGAGGCAACAGGGGCCGCCGAGGUCGCGGAGGCUCAGCGAAGCACGGCCCUCCUCGCGAUCCUGCACAGAACACCAAGCCUGACACCCACCCCGCUCUCAUCGCCCAGACCCCGUCAGACAAGGCUGCAAGCUCGGAAGCUGCAGUGGAUAGUGCCGAUGCGACCACCGAGGGGGCCGUCGAGGACGCCGCGGUAUGCUGGAUCUGCGCCGAGCCCGUCAAGUACUGGUCCGUCUCCGAGUGCAACCAUAGGACGUGCCAUGUCUGUGCCUUGCGCCUCCGGGCGCUGUACAAGAAACUAGAGUGCACGUUCUGCAAGGAACCCCAACCCUCUGUGAUCUUUACCACAUCCGCUGACGCACCAUGGUCCUCUUUCACUCCCGAGCAUAUCCCGUUCAAGGACGCAAAACUUUCGAUCUCGUUUGAGACACAGGAAAUGAUGGAGGAAACGUUGAUCUUGCUACGAUUCAAUUGCCCAGAUCCCCAGUGCGAUUUUAUCGGGAACGGCUGGAGUGAUCUCAAGCUGCACACCCGUGCGACGCACGGGAAGCUCAUGUGUGAUCUAUGUAUUCGGUUCAAGAGAGUCUUCGCCCAUGAGCACGCCCUGUACGACCCGAAUGUGCUUCCCAUCCACGUCCCGUCGAUGGUCCGUGGCCACCGGCGCGAUCACAAACCGCAACAAAUUGAGGGCGGCAUCCAUCCGCUCUGUGAGUUCUGUCGCGAGUGCUUCUUCGGGGACGACGAGCUGUACGCGCAUAUGCGCGAGAAACACGAGGAGUGCUUCGUGUGCAAACGGAAUGAGGUAAAGGACCAAUACUUCCGUAACUACGAGGCACUGGAGGAGCACUUCAUGAACGCACACUAUCCUUGCAGGCGAGCCGAGUGUCUCGCCCGGAAGUUCGUCGUCUUCGGAUCCGCAAUUGACCUUAAAGCGCACCAGGUGGAGGAGCACGGCGCGGAGAUGAGCGCCCGUGACAAGCGAGAUGCACGCCGCGUCGAGGCCCAGUUCGAGUUCGAAGAAACAGGAGGGGGCGCAGGCCGCCGUGGACGCCGCGAUCGAGGCGACCGCGAGAGGGAACGCGAACCUCCACCGCACAUCGUCGCCCCGCCUGGGGGUGCGUCGCGCCCCCAGGCCGCAGGAGCGCGACGCAGAGAGGCGUUCGGCAGUAACCUCACGGCGGAUGGCGGAAAUGGUGUGUCCUCUAGUCAGCAGCCCAGCCGUCGGCAGACACCGUCCCCAGAGCCUGGCGACGCGGACCCUCGGCUCAGCGCGCUCACGGUGCGCAUGGCUGGCCUCGCGCCGAACCCCACGACCGCCGUGCCCGCAGUCAAGGCGGCGAUUCGCUCGUACCGUGCGUCCGAGUCAGGAGCGCGCGACCUCAUUUCAACGGUGUGGAACGUGUUGGAUCGGAACCUGGAUGGUACGGCAAGUAUCGUGAACACGCUGGUUGACCUCGUGGACGAGGAGGACAAGAAGCGGGAUUUGCUCACUGCGUGGAACGGGUUCAAGGUCGAGCAACGCAACCAGUUCCCUGAACUCGUCCCGACGACCACGGGGUUGGAGUGGGCAGGCGUGACAAGCGGCCGCGUCCUAAACGCAAAGUCCUCCACGGCGACGCGCUCUUCCGCUCAGUCCUCGCGCCAGCUUUGGGACCGUGUCGCCCGUGCCGCCGCCUCCACCCCGGCUUCUCACAAUCAGGCGUCGACAAGCUCCGUCCCUACCUCUGCCCCACGCGCAGCCCCAGGACCGCACGCGUUCCCGCCGCUAGGCGGGGGCGCCGGCCCUUCUGUCACAACGACCCCCUUUCGCCAGCCUCAGCGGACGACCCCGUGGGCUUCCUCUGCUGCGUCCGCGGCAACAUCGUCCCCUGUACCUGCCGUGCGCGCUCCAACCUCGGUUCCCGGCCCUGGCGCGAGGGCGAAGCCGGGCCCCUCUGUGCUCUCGAAGGCCGCGUUCCCGGAGCUCCCGACGACCAAUUCGAUCCGCGUGCCGAAGGCCGCUGUCAGCGGCAACCAGUCGCUGCGGAAGAUCUUAGGUGGCUCUGCUCCGACGCAGGCAGCGUGGAGCGGCGAUAGCGGAGGGAGCGGGUCGAAUGCUGCUGCUGAGCCAGCUCAGGCUGAUGGAGAUGCUGCGGGUGCGGGCAAUGGAGGAGGGAAGAAGAAGGGGAAGGGAAAGCAGAAACAGACUUUGUUCACGCUCGGAUCCAUCCCUGCUUGAGAUGGCAGCUAUCGUGUCUAGACUGUUCCCUAGAUGAACGUAGCGGUACUAUGUCGCAGUAGAGUAGA